GGGAGAAGCUUGGGUAACCAGUAGUCGCCAUUUCAAAGAUGAGCUAUGGCGCUUCCCGUGCUUAAGUGGCAGAGAAUAAAUAAUCCGACAGGUCCACAGCCCAGACCUAGGCAUGGACAUCGGGCUGUCGCAAUUAAAGAUUUAAUGGUAGUUUUCGGCGGUGGAAAUGAAGGCAUCGUGGACGAGCUACAUGUUUACAACACAGCCACCAACCAAUGGUUCGUGCCAGCGAUGAAAGGGGACAUCCCACCGGGAUGUGCAGCGUACGGAUUCGUCGUUGAUGGCACACGCAUUCUGGUUUUUGGAGGAAUGGUGGAGUAUGGCAAGUACUCCAAUGAAUUGUACGAAUUGCAGGCAAGUCGGUGGGAGUGGAAAAGAUUAAAGCCACGGCCACCAAAAAAUGGACCCCCGCCCUGUCCCCGCUUGGGCCAUAGCUUCACGCUCAUCGGGAACCGUGUGUACCUGUUUGGAGGACUUGCAAACGAAAGUGAAGAUCCCAAGAAUAACAUACCACGGUAUCUGAAUGACUUGUACAUGCUGGAACUGCGGGGAAACAACUCGACAGUGUGGGAAUUGCCGGACUCGUUCGGGCCACCCCCUCCCCCAAGAGAAUCUCACACCGGUGUCGCCUACACUGACAAAAUCACUGGCCAGUCACGGCUGGUCAUAUACGGCGGCAUGAGCGGCUGCAGGCUGGGCGACCUCUGGUUUCUGGAGUGCGAUACAGUUACUUGGAGCAAGCCGAUAGUUAGUGGACUGGCUCCCCUUCCAAGAUCCCUUCACAGCGCCACGCUGAUUGGCCAUAGAAUGUUCAUAUUUGGUGGCUGGGUGCCACUCGUAAUGGACGACAUGAAGGUUGCGACACAUGAAAAAGAAUGGAAAUGUACAAAUUCUCUCGCUUGUCUUAAUCUAGAAACAACUUCUUGGGAAACUUUAAAUGUCGACACGCAAGAAGAUAAUGUCCCGAGGGCCCGUGCUGGUCACUGCUCUGUUGGAAUCCACACCCGGUUGUACGUUUGGUCUGGUCGAGAUGGCUAUCGCAAAGCCUGGAACAAUCAGGUUUGCUGUAAAGACCUGUGGUUCCUGGAGGUGGAGCGGCCAGCGAUGCCUGGGCGAGUGCAGCUGGUGCGGGCGUCCACGCAGUCCCUGGAAGUGAGCUGGGGGGCCUCGCCCACUGCGGAGGCGUACGUCUUGCAGAUACAGAAAUACGACAUGCCGCCCGCGACCGGGGUUCAGACGCCCGCCAAGCCCAUCCCCGCCCCCCAGCCAGUGCCUGCCGCCACCCUCCCGACCCCAGAGCUCUCCCCGACGCCCAGCCCUGUCACCAGGCCUGCCACCGCGCCUGCCACCACCGUGGCCAGGCCGACCGUCGUCGCGCCGCAGGUCGUCGCUCGGCCGGCCUUGCAGGUGGUGUCCUCGGCGGGCAGGGGCACAGUGGGCUACAGGCUGCAAUCGCCCGGCUUGAGUCCCGCUGGGGUGCGGAUAGUGAACAGACUGCCGGCGGUGACCCAGCAGCAGCAACAGGUGUCCUCCGCGGUGCUCGCAGCGCCCGCCGGCGUGACGGCAGUCACCAUGCCCAUCGCGGUGACGCGUGCGAUGCCCGGCGUGGUGGCGGGGCCCCCUGCUGCCUCCUCGGCCCAGAUGUCGGGGAUACAGACCCUGGCCGCCGCCGCCGCAGCCACGCAGAAGAUGAGCACGUCCCCCGUCAGAGUGAAGACGGCCCCGCCCCUCGUCACCACUAUACCCGCCGGAGCCACGUCGCGCAUGACCGCCCCGGGCACUACAGUACUGAAGGCCGGCACGAACCAGCCCGGCAGUAAGAUCAUCCUUCAGAAGCCGGGUGGCACCGCGGGAGGGGUCGGCCAGCCUCAGAUUGUUACCUUGGUGAAGACCAGCCAAGGAAUGACCGUGGCGACAGUACCAAAAGUUAGCUUGAUUCAAGGCAAGCCAGGUGUUGCAGCAGGACAAGUAACGAACAUCCAGGGGACAACUACGAAAACUAUUCCUCCUGGUGCUACAAUUGUGAAAUUGCUGAACCCAGGAGCUGGCGGAGCAGCCAAAGUAUUGACAACAAUGAAAACCAUGCCUUCCAACAUGGUGCAAGUGAGCAAGGCCUCGGGCGCCGGCGGCAAGCAGACCAUAGUGAUCACCAAGUCCGGCAUGGCCCAGCAAGGCGGUAUGGCGGGCACCGCGGUGCCGAUGUCCGUGGGCAGCCAGAUCACGGGGCCCGGGGGCAUGAAGAUGUUCGUGGUGUCGUCGAGCGCCAUGAGCUCGGGCACCGGGGGCAAGCCCAUCACCAUCACAGUGCCGGGCCAGCAGGGCGGGCCCCUCAAGACGGUCACACUCGCCAAGCACCCGUCCCUGCUUACAAGCGGCGGCCAGAUAUUGACAGUGCCUUCCCAGGCUGGCCUCACCAGCACCCAGCAAACCAUCUCGAUCGGCGGGAAGCCGGUGACGAUGCAGGUGGCGACCGGGAGCGGGCAGAAGACGGUGACGCUCGUGCCCAGCUCAGUGGCGACAGGCGGCGGGCAGAUGAUCACUUCGCCGACGAAUCAGACACAAGGCGUGGGCCAGGUCCCGGACAGUUUGCCGCGAGUGAUGGUGGUCUCGCGGCAGGCCCAGUCGCCCUCCACCAUGGGCACAUAAUGAGACGUCAUUGCGUGCUGCAUGCAUAGACACAGUGCGAGAAGAUUUUUUAUUGUGAAUAUACAUAUUGUGUACAUAUUCAUGUGUUAAAACAACUGUACCUGCGCAGUACUGUGCUGCUGCAACAUUUUAGCAAAGGGCGAGGACAAAAAUGUUCACCUUUGUGGGUUCUGUAAAAAACAAUGUGCGUUUAUUUAUCAGUUUUCCUUCUUUGUUUGAUUCUGUAAAUACUCUGAAGUAUCUUCUUAUGAGUUCCAUGUGGACUGUUCAUAAGGGCAAACUUCACAGUUGAAAGUUUGGUGCAGUAGUUAGCCCUGAUGCCAUGAAACUGUUAUUUAGUGUAGAAUAUACAACUGUAUUUACCCGUCAGUAAAAGUUGACUGUAAAUUAUG